AGGAGACGCUCUGCUUCAUCGUCUGUGACUGUCCAGAUAAGGAAGCAAGUGAUAUCUCUCUGUGUCGCAUGCAUUGACAAUCUCUUCCUCCUUGACCCAGCGACUGGGCGUUUCUGAUUCGCCUUCGUGUCCGAGAACACCACCGCGAUGGACGACUCCAUGUUCGACAUCGAUGACGGCAGCUCAGAUUUUGAGCCUGUUGCUAAACCAAAGACCAAGCCCGUCAAGAAAGCCUCCGAAUCUAAGGCUGCGACGAAGAAGGCGACGGUUCCCAAAGCGAAACCCGGCCCGAAGCCAAAGACUACCGUUCCUAAGAAGCGCUCGAAGAAAGACUCGGAAGACGAAGCCUCAGACGAUGAAGCCGGCAACCCCUUCGAUGAUGAGUCGCUGCUUGAAGACACUCCUCCGCAGGCAAAGAAAGCGAAGCCGAACCCUGUCAAAGGGAGUCAUAAGAAACCUCUCGGCGAUGUUGUCAAUGAAGCCAUAGGCCUUGAUGGCGCGACCGAUUCACCACAGCCCCAGAAGAAGAAGAAACGCGUCUCCGAGCAAUACCAGAAACUUACCCAGCUCGAACAUAUCAUCAAGCGUCCCGACACCUACAUUGGCUCGGUCGAGCGCACAGAAAAGCAGAUGUGGGUCUACAACACGGAACAAGAUUGCAUGGAAUUCCGCGAAAUAUCUUUUGUCCCCGGUAUAUUCAAGAUCUUCGAUGAAAUCUUGGUCAAUGCCGCAGAUAAUAAGCAAAAUGACAAGAAGAUGGAUGAGAUCCGUGUUACCGUGGACCGAGAAAAGGGCGAAGUCAGCGUCUGGAACAAUGGCCGUGGUAUUCCUAUCGAGAUCCACUCGAAAGAAAAGAUCUACAUCCCAGAGAUGAUUUUCGGCCAUCUCUUAACCGGCUCGAAUUACGACGACAACGAACAGAAGAUCACAGGUGGCAGGAAUGGCUACGGUGCGAAGCUGGCCAACAUCUUCAGCACCGAAUUCACUAUUGAGACUGCCGACUCGAAACAAAAGAAGAAAUACAAGCAGACCUGGACCAAGAAUAUGUCCGAGAUGGGCAAGGCUAGGAUCACCGAUUCCAAAGGGGAAGACUACACUAAAGUCACAUUUUACCCUGACUUCGCAAAGUUUGGCAUGACGGCUAUGGAUGAUGAUCUCGAAGCACUCUUCAAGCGCCGGGUCUACGAUCUUGCCGGCACCUGUAAAGGGGUCAAAGUCAAACUCAAUGGUUCCGCCGUUCCCGUCAGAAAUUUCAAAAAGUACAUUGAAAUGUAUACCAAAGCAAUCAAGAAGGAGCGUGGUGAGGAGGCUGCAAAUGACACGUCUGAAAUCAUCACAGAAUCUCCCGACUCCCGGUGGGAGAUUGGCUUCGCCGUGUCUGACGGCUCAUUCCAACAGGUGUCGUUCGUCAACUCCAUCGCCACCACCUCAGGAGGCACACAUGUCAACUAUAUUGCCGACCAGAUCGUCAACCGCUUGAUGGAAGUCGUCAAGAAAAAGAACAAGGGCGGUGCGCAACUGAAGCCUAACCAGAUUCGCAAUCAUAUCUUCAUCUUCGUCAAUGCCCUGAUUGUCAACCCAGCCUUCACUUCACAGACCAAAGAACAAUUGACUACAAAAGCUAGUCAGUUUGGAAGUAAGUGUCAGGUGUCAGACGAAUUCAUGAAGAAGGUUGCCAAAACCGAAGUUAUCAACAACAUUCUUCACUUUGCCCAGCAGAAAGCCGAUCAAAUCCUAAAGAAAUCUGAUGGGAGCAGGCGGAGCCGAAUGAACAACCCCAAACUGACGGACGCAAACAAGGCCGGCACGAGAGAAGGGCAUAAGUGUACCUUGAUUUUGACCGAAGGUGACUCGGCGAAAGGUCUUGCCAUGGCAGGACGUUCCGUCGUCGGUCCCGACCUGUUCGGCGUGUUUCCGUUGCGGGGUAAGCUCCUCAACGUCAGAGAUGCUUCUAUUGAUCAAAUCUCCAAAAACGCUGAGAUCCAGAACAUCAAGAACUUCCUUGGGCUUCAGCACAAGAAGGUGUAUUCUGACACAAAUGGCCUCCGCUAUGGACAUUUGAUGAUCAUGACUGAUCAAGAUCAUGAUGGAAGUCAUAUUAAGGGAUUGUUGAUAAACUUCCUGCAGGUUCAGUUUCCCAGUCUCCUUAAAAUCCCGAAAUUCUUGGUCGAGUUCAUUACUCCCAUUGUCAAAGUAUGGAAGGGCGAUCCUAAGAAUCCUACCCAGUCUCGCUCCUUUUAUACCAUGCCGGAGUAUGAGGCUUGGAAAGAAGCACAUAAGCACGAACGUGGUUGGGAGAACAAAUACUACAAGGGGUUGGGUACAAGCACGACCGAAGAUGCACAGCAAUACUUCAAUGAUAUCGACAAGCACCACAAAGAAUUCGACGUCAUGAAGGACGAUGAAGCCUCUUUGAUCGAACUUGCCUUUUCCAAGAAGAAGGCCGACGAGCGAAAGGAGUGGUUGCGGCAAUUCAAACCAGGGACAUUUUUGGACCACACGACCAAAAACAUUUCCUACACCGAUUUCGUCAACAAAGAGCUAAUUCUGUUCAGCAUGGCCGACAACAUCCGAUCUAUCCCCUCAGUAGUUGAUGGUCUAAAGCCUGGUCAGCGAAAAGUCAUGUAUGCAUGCUUCAAGCGCAAUCUGAAAAAGGAUAUGAAGGUUGCUGAGCUGGCGGGUUUGGUCGGUGGUAUGACCGCGUAUCACCAUGGUGAAACAUCUCUCCAGCAGACGAUUGUCGGCCUGGCCCAAAGCUUUGUCGGAUCGAACAAUGUCAACUUGUUGGAGCCCUCAGGCCAAUUUGGUACCCGAAACCAGGGCGGCAGCGAUUCUGCAAGCGCUCGAUACAUUUUCACCCGUCUAUCGCCCUUCGCAAGGAAGCUGUUUCACCAAGCCGAUGAACCCCUUCUGUCCUAUAACUAUGAUGAUGACAAGAAGAUCGAGCCCGAGGUAUACGUACCGAUCGUCCCAAUGGUCCUCGUCAAUGGUGCUGACGGUAUUGGCACGGGCUGGAGUUCUUCUAUCCCCAACUACAAUCCAGAAGACAUCGUGGACAACCUCAAACGCAGAAUGGCCGGCGAAGACUGGAAGCCUAUGCAGCCCUGGUUCCGCGGAUUCAAAGGUGAAGUCAAGGCUACCGGACCUGACCGAUUCCAAUUCAGUGGCAUCAUCCACCAAAGCGGCGACACUGAAGUUGAGAUAACAGAGUUGCCCAUCCGUACCUGGACGCAGGAUUUCAAGGAUCGACUAGAAGAGAUCAUCAAAGCAGAGAAAGCCCCAUCGUUUAUCAAGGACUACAAGGAUUAUAAUACUCACGACUCAGUGCAUUUUAUCAUCCAGCUGGACGAGAAGCACAUGAAGUCUGCUGUAGAAGAAGGUCUUGUGGAGAAAUUCAAGCUCACAAAGUCAGUGGCAACAUCAAAUCUUGUUGCGUUUGAUCCAGAGGGCCGCAUCACCAAAUAUGCGAACGUCGAAGCGAUCAUGGACGAAUUCUACAGCUAUCGUCUGCAGUUGUAUGCUAAGCGCAAGGAAUGGCUUUUGCAAGAGAUGCAGAAAGAUCUCAGACGGCUGACGAACCAAGCCAGGUUCAUUCAGAUGAUCAUUGACGGAAAACUUAAUAUCUCCAAGAAGAAAAAGGCUGUUCUGAUUGCAGAACUCCAGAAGCUUGGAUUUGACGCUUUCCCCAAAACUCAAGACGCCGCCAAAGAAGGUGAGAACGAGCCAGUUGUCGAAGAGGACGAGGAAGAGUCUGUUGACGCCAGCGCCUACGACUACCUUCUCGGCAUGGCUCUUUGGUCUUUAACCCAGGAGCGAGUUGAGCGACUCCAGCGACAGAUCGGAGACAAAGAGGAGGAGAUCGAUGCUUUGAUGAAGAAAUCCAAGGAAGAUCUGUGGAAACACGAUCUUGAUGAAUUCAUCGCCGAAUGGAGGUUUCAGCUGGAAGACGAGCACAACCGCAAACGCAAUAUCCGGAAGGGACGUCGCGUCUCGAAGAAAUUUGCUACAGCAGCAACGACGAAGCCGACCAUCAAGAAGCGCAAGGGACUUGGUGAUGCGUGGGACGAUGACUCUGAUUUCCAGGAGUCUGCUCCAAAAGCAAAGAAGAGUGCGCCUGCUCCGAAACCGGUUCAGGUUCCGAAACAGCGCUCUAUUACAGCGUAUGCUGCCCCAAAGACCAAUGCUUUGAAGAAUGCAUUGGAGAAGCGAAGCCUGUAUACUGAUGGUGCCAGUGACCCCAUUGAGGAACCAGAGGAGGACCUUGCGAAGCCCAGCAAUGAUCGCCUUGUCAACGGUGUGAAAGAUGAGUCUGACGGCGAGAACCGCAUUCUCAAGGCUGCACCCCGACAUGCUCGUGCGGUAACCAAAAAGCCAACAAACUAUGCGCUAUUGAGUGACUCCGAAAGCGACAAUGGAGACGAUCUGCUCGCUGAUCUUGGUGACAUGGUGAAAGGUCUACCAAGCAAUCUCAACACAGAUAGCGGGGGUGAAUCGCGUGCGCUUUUCUCCAACUCUGUUUCCCGACCAACCAGCAGCCAUGGAUAUAAGCCGGCUCUGAAGCCGCCUGCAAAGGCCUCGAUGGAUCUAUCCGAGGACGAGACCGACUACAAGAUGCUUGCUCCGCAACAGUCUCCGAGACGAUCCAUCAUUGUGACAAAUAAGGAUGACACCAACGUUCUCCGAGAUUCCGACGAAGACAAUGCUCCGGUGAAGGUCAGGAAGAAGCCUGCACCCAAGAAGGUAAAGAAGAUUGUCAGCGACGACAGUGACAGCGAUGUUGUACCGCCAAAAGCAAAUAAGAAGGGCCCUGCUAAAAAGGCAGUGAAGGAUGAGCAGGCAAAACCAAAGAAAACGGCCCCCAAGAAAGCUUUAGCGACGAAGAAGGUUGAACAAUCCCCCGCUGCGAAGGCAUACGCGAAAAGACUUGCAAAAAAGAAGAUUGUGGAUUCAGAUGAUGACAUGGAUGCUCUGGCAGAUGAUAUCCUAAAGUCACCUUCAGGCUCUGAGCUAGACGGGCCUGUUGCAAGGAAACCAGCAGCAAGACCGGCAAGACGAGCAGUGACUGCGAAGAAGCCGACGACCUACACUUUUGAAGACGAUGACGACGAUGAUGAUGAGGACAAAGAUGGGGGUUUCCAAGACGAUGGCUCCUCCGCGGUAUUUUCGGACGAGUGAUUAUGCGACGAAGGCGGUGGUUGAACUGGUCCAAUACUUGCACGGGUGGAUCAGGUGUCGGGCGGGAUGAGACACGAGAUGUGAACGUGAAUUUGGUUCCGGAGUUUCUGUUUUGGUCGGAAUGGCGUCGGGCAACGGUUGGCAAACGAUGUUCUGUGGCGGUGGUGACAUAGUUUCCUUGGGUAUCGCAUAUUCCAAUCCAGCUCUUUUGCUGACCCGGACAGUUAUCCUUCUGUGAUUGUUCCUGAAUGUGUG